AUGGAGGAGGUGAUGGAGGAGGUGAUGGAGGAGGGUGAUGGAGGAGGGUAUGGAGGAGGGAUGGAUGAGGUGAUGGAGGAGGUGAUGGAGGAGGUGAUGGAGGAAGUGAUGGAGGAGGGGAUGGACGAGGUGAUGGAUGGGGAGGUGAUGGAGGAGGGGAUGGAGGAGGUGAUGGAGGAGGUGAUGGAGGAGGUGAUGGACGAGGUGAUGGAGGAGGUGAUGAGUGGAGGAGGUGAUGGAGGAGGUGAUGGAGGAGGUGAUGGAGGAGGUGAUGAGGAGGUGAUGGAGGAGGUGAUGGAGAGGUGA